AAAAAUGUUAGAUAUCACCCAAUUUAUUGAAGAAAAAGGUGGUAACCCAGAAGCCAUCAGAAAAUCACAAAAAGCUCGUUAUGCUUCAGUUGAACUUGUUGAUGAAAUUAUUGCAGACUAUAAAGAAUGGACAAAAAUUAGAUUUGAUUUAGAUGCUUUAAACAAAGAACAAAACAAAAUUCAAAAGGAAAUUGGUUUGAAAUUCAAAGCUAAGGAAGAUGCUUCAGAAUUAGUUAAAAAGAAAGAUGAAAUUGUUGAACAAAAGAAACAGUUGACUCAAAAAGAACAAGAUGCUGAUAAACAAUUGAAAUUCAAGGUUAACCAAAUUGGUAACAUUGUUCAUGAAUCAGUUGUUAUUUCAAAUGAUGAAGAUAACAAUGAAUUAGUCAGAACUUGGAAACCAGAAGGCUCAGCUGAAAUUGGUAAGGUUGCAACUGCUACUGGUAAAGAAGCUAAAUUGUCCCAUCAUGAAGUUUUAUUACGUUUAGAUGGUUACGAUCCAGAACGUGGUGUUCGUAUUGUCGGUCAUCGUGGUUAUUUCUUAAGAAACUAUGGUGUUUUCUUAAAUCAAGCUUUGAUUAACUAUGGUUUAUCAUUCUUGGCUAAAAAUGAAUACACUCCAUUACAAGCUCCAGUUAUGAUGAACAAAGAUGUUAUGGCUAAGACCGCUCAAUUAUCACAAUUCGAUGAAGAAUUAUAUAAAGUCAUUGAUGGUGAAGAUGAAAAAUAUUUGAUUGCCACUUCAGAACAACCAAUUUCUGCUUAUCACGCUGGUGAAUGGUUUGAAAGUCCUGCUGAACAAUUACCAGUUCGUUAUGCUGGUUAUUCUUCAUGUUUCAGAAGAGAAGCUGGUUCACAUGGUAAAGAUGCUUGGGGUAUCUUCCGUGUUCAUGCUUUUGAAAAAAUUGAACAAUUUGUCUUAACUGAACCUGAAAAAUCAUGGACUGAAUUUGAUCGUAUGAUUGGUUUAUCUGAAGAAUUUUACAAAUCAUUAGGUUUACCAUACAGAGUUGUUGGUAUUGUUUCUGGUGAAUUAAACAAUGCUGCUGCAAAGAAAUACGAUUUAGAAGCUUGGUUCCCAUUUCAACAAGAAUAUAAAGAACUUGUUUCUUGUUCAAACUGUACCGAUUACCAAUCAAGAAAUUUGGAAAUCAGAUCAGGUAUUAAGAAAAUGAAUGACAGAGAAAAGAAAUACGUUCAUUGUUUGAAUUCAACUUUAUGUGCCACUGAACGUGCUUUAUGUUGUAUUUUGGAAAAUUACCAAACUGAAGAUGGUUUAGUUAUCCCAGAAGUUUUAAGAAAAUACAUUCCAGGUGAACCUGAAUUUAUCCCAUUCUUGAAAGAAUUACCAAAGAACUCAACUUCUCAAAAGAAAAAAUAA